CAAUAUAUUUUAAUAUUUGUUAUUAUCAGGUUAAGACAAAAGCACACAUUUACUUUGUUUGUAGUGUAAUAAUGUCUUUCGAUCGAACAAGACCAUCAAAAAUAGAAUUUGAUAAUGCUAAUGAACAGCUUUUACAUGUACAAGUUUUUAAUCAUCUAACAAAGUUGAAUAAAAUACAGUGGGCAUCGUAUUCAAACCAAAACUCAAUACCGAUAAAAAUAUUGGAAGUAAUAUUCAAACUUCGAUUACAUGAAGUAACUGACGCCAAGGAUCGUACGAGUUUAUUAGUAACAGAAUUAUUACAGCGUCACUUACGUCAUUGCACUAUCAUUAAAUAUUUAAAGAAUCUUCAGUUUUAUUCAUUUCUAUGCAUAAAAUCAUUGAACCUCGAAGACUGUGUUACCUUCUUUCCACAGGCUUCGUCAUCAGAUAUACCAACAUAUUUUGACGUUAUUAAUAUGCUCGAGUGGUGUACUUCUAAUCGACAUAACAAUCAGAUGGCUCAUGCUGUUCUAUUUGGUUACUAUUCUGGGCUGUUUGAGACAGAGAUCUGUAGUGUGACAAACGAAAAUUUAAUUCAAUUAUAUUCUGGAGAACCAAUAAUAGCUAUUGAAGAUAAGCUCUUUGAUAUACUGCCACGAACAUUUUCAUAUCUGAUGAAUCAAUAUUAUAAAAAGGCCGUGGGUAAAAUACCACCGAUUGGAUUUAGUUUACGUUUAAUAAAAUACAUUGUUAGUAGUAUAUUCAAAGAUAAGAAAAUGCAGAUAAAUGAUGGUAUCACCAUUAAGUAUUUAGAGAUCGAACGAAAUCUCGAAGACAGUUUAAAUUUUCGCACAUUCAAUCUUAACAACGAUUUAGAAAAAUUAAACCACAAAUUAGAAAAAGUAUCAGAAAUGAAUUUUUCUAUCAACGGACAUUUGAUUAAUCAAUGAAAUUCAGUUAUUUGAUCGGGAUUCAAAAUGUAUUAAUAAAAACAGUACAAGAACCAAACUUCUUACUCACAAGGAAGGCAUCUUGAUUGGCUCUUUUCGAUUUAAUUGUUGCCAAGCCAUGUUUUUUUUACAUCAAAUUCUC